AUGAAGAGAGUACACAGCAAGACUGGCGGUGACCGACCAGGCUCUGUAAGCCCAGAGAUUGAGGUACCUGAAGCACUUUCAGAGCAUGGAACAGUCAACAGGGUCCCAAGCAACUGUGCGAUGCUUACUCCCCCAAGUUCGCCUGAGGACCAUAACCGACCUUCGAAGCUUCGAAGACAUGGAUCGAAGCUGAUCACAGCCUUACGUUCAUUGAGGAAUAGCGUAUCCGCUGCCUCAGUUGCUGAAUUAACCCCUCCCAUAAGUCCAAGUCGAAGAUUUUCUGCUGCUGCGAUUGUUAAAGCACAGGAAGAGCCAACUGUGGUCCGUCGAACACAAUUUAAAAGCCGGCCAAGCCUGAUAUCUCUAGACAGAGGCGUUUUGGAGGUAACACCAGAAGGUUCGCCAUCUACCAGCGCAGAGUCUAGCCGAAACAGUGGGAAAUCAUCUUUACUUAGGCCCGGGGAGUCAACUGGCAAGACCUCACUCGACUCGAAGAUCUCUUCGAAGUCAAAGAUUGGUUCGCAACAUUCGUCUGAGAACAGGAAGGUGGCCACGAAGCCAGUAACUGCUGGUGAAUAUUUCCCAAACGAAAUACCUAUUUUGGCACCCAUUGUGGAGAGUCAAGAAACACCAGAGCCUGUACCAACUAUUGUCACCGUUGAACGAGCUGCCGCAGCUAAAGUAUUCUUUGAAACCCACUAUAAUCAUGCCACCUCAGGGAUGUUGACACCACGCUCUAUUCGCAGAAGGCAACUGGAAGGUGCACUUUAUCACGAGCCCAAUUUGUCCUUAGCGGAGCAAGAUGAGAAGCGGCGAGCAUGGGCUCAGGACGAGACCGAUCAUCUUCGAGAAAUGAGGGCCAUGAAGGUCCGGGCUGGAAAUGCAUUGAGCGGCAAAGACAUAACGAGUUCUCGCUACGAAGUCGUAAAGGUCCUAGGAAAGGGCAGUUUCGGGGUCGUCCGUCUCGUCAGAGAAAAACUUGAUAAAAGCACUCCAUGCGAUCCUGAAAAGAAACGAGAAAUAUACGCCAUGAAAGUCAUUCGAAAGUCUGACAUGUUACGUAACAGUCAAGAAGGACAUCUUCGGGCAGAGCGGGAUUUCCUGGUUGCUGCAGAGGGCUCUCGUUGGGUCGUACCGCUCAUUGCAAGCUUCCAGGAUUUGAACAAUUUGUACCUUGUGAUGGAAUAUAUGCCCGGUGGUGAUUUCUUGGGACUUCUGAUUCGCGAUAACGUACUUUCCGAAUCUGUGACCAAGUGGUAUAUGGCGGAGAUGAUUGUCUGCAUUGAGGAGGCGCAUUCGCUUCGCUGGAUCCAUCGAGAUGUCAAACCAGACAAUUUCCUUAUUUCGGCGUCCGGACAUCUAAAAAUUUCAGAUUUCGGCCUAGCAUUCGAUGGGCACUGGUCCCAUGACCAGGCAUACUUCAACAAUCACCGGUAUUCUCUGCUUUCCAAGUUGGGGAUCAACGUGGAAGGCGACAGUAUCGACAUUAAAGAGGGGAGAAUGCUUGCCCACAAUUCAGCCACUGGCAAGGACAAACGACAUGAGCGAACAUCAUCCAAUGGUACGGAUAGCGAAGGAAUCCUUAACUGGCGAAAUCGGUACGGUAAUAGGUCACUGGCGAGGUCUGUCGUGGGUACCAGUCAAUACAUGGCUCCAGAAGUGGUGCGAGGGGAUCUAUAUGAUGCCCGGUGCGACUGGUGGAGCGUUGCAGUAAUAUUGUAUGAGUGCUUGUACGGCCAUACUCCGUUCCUCGCUGAAGAAGGUGGAAGGCAGCAAACGAAGCUCAAUAUUUUGGACCACAAAAAUACAUUUAACUUUCCUCACAAGCCGAUCGUUAGUAAGCGAUGUCAAGAUCUUAUUCGAAGCAUCAUUCAAGACAAAAGCACCAGACUUUGCUCCAGACGGUACAGAAUGAAGGACCAUCCUUCAACAUCGCACCAUGUUACGGAUUAUGCUGGCCGUUAUGUCUUUCCUAACGAUGCCGAGGAGAUCAAAGCCCAUAAAUGGUUCAGAGAUAUCCAAUGGGAUCGACUUCACAUGAUGGUGCCACCCUUUGUUCCUAGUAUCAAGUCUGUUGAUGACACACAUUACUUCGAUGAGGAAGAUCCAAUCUCAGACUUUUCUGAGUCUAUAUCUGGGCCACCCCCAACCGCCGACGAGAUAUCUGAUGCUCUCAGGCCGUUCAAUAGAGAGAUUCAGGUUCUGGCAAAAAGUUUUGUCGAACGGCCCCACGACUCGGUAAAGAUGAGAAAGGUUGAGCGGGAGAUAGAUGCAUUCGCAAUGUGUGAUGAGCAAAAGGAAUACCUCAAGGCGUUCGUUAAACAUUAUGGAAGAAAGGAGAAGAAACGACCCAGAGAUCGUUUGCUGAGAGACAAGGAUACGGCACCAAAGGUUCUGGAGUUGAGAAAACGAGGUGCGUUCUUGGGAUACACCUAUCGAAGAUUCCGUCCCAAUAGAGAGAGAUACUUUCAAAAUGGCACAAUCGGACAAGGAUGUGUUGCUGGAAGUAUAAGUGGGAAAAGAGCUGUUUGGCACCGAGCAAGAUUGAGCAUACACUGA